AUGGCUAGCCUUCCAAGAUCAGAAGUAUCAUUCAGAAGAUCAGGUUCAUCUGGUCUUGUUUGGGAUGAUAAAUUCUUAUCAGGAGAAUUAAACAAAAUCAAUCAACAACAAAAACAGAAGAAGAAUAAUUCAAAAGAGCUUCAAGUUAGAACCACCAUGCAGAGAACCCGCUCCACCGGUUCUGGUCAAGGAUACCGUACCGGAAAAGUCUCUCCGGCGAUCGAACCGCCAUCUCCAAAAGUCUCUGCGUGUGGAUUCUGUAGUCCUUUUGGGAAAAAAGGACAACGAUCAAGAAGACUCGAGCAAAUCUAUGUAGGAUCUUUCACCAUGUGCAAGCUUAGGAAUGGGAAUGGAAUGGGAUUGGUGCAAUAA